UCACAUACACGCACAGGACUCUGGGAAUGAAAUACAGGAAGAGACAGAAAUAGCUGUUGUGUUCUUCUUUUUGUUUCCAGAAUUUUUACAUAUUGAGCCAGUGGGUGUGAGGGUUGUGUGUUGAUGGGUAAGGUGCAAGUGGGAACAGGGCCGUUCGCCAGAAGGCCUGAUAACUCUGCAUUUAAACAACAAAGACUGCCGGCAUGGUCUCCUUCACUCACACCACACACCGUGCUGCCUAUCUUCUACUCCCUCUCUCUAGUGUGUGUUCUGCUGGGCGUCUGGCUCCUCAUAACAGUCCAGACCACACAGCAGCUGAAGAUUGACUACACAGACUCUGGUUCAUGUGGCCACUGUUUAGAGAUGCGCAAAUAUCCCACCAACGCCACAACCACGUGUAACUGUGCUGUCAACUUCAAUGUCCCAAAGACCUUCCUGGGGGACGUCUUUUUCUACUAUGGCCUGAUUAAUUUUCACCAGAACCUGCGCAGGUACAUGGACUCCCGCGACGAUGCCCAGCUGGUCGGGAGGAAGAAUAGCCUGAAGGCCCCUACUUCAUACUGUGAACCGUUUGCUUAUGAUAAAAACGGUGUGCCUAUCGCCCCCUGUGGUGCGGUGGCUAACAGCAUGUUUAACGAUUCCUUCAGUCUGGUGUAUCAUUUGUCGGAAAGUAUUACAAUCUUCGUUCCUCUCCUCCGGAAGGGCAUCACUUGGUACACAGACAAAAACAUUAAGUUCCACAAUCCCAAAUCCAACUCGACACUCCAGCAGGCCUUUGAAGGAACAGCUCAGCCAUUGUACUGGCAGCGUCCGGUAUAUGACCUCGACCCUGCUGAUCCAAACAACAACGGCUUCAUCAACGAUGAUCUGAUCGUGUGGAUGAGAGAAGCGGCCUUCCCCGACUUCAAAAAACUCUACGGCAUUCUCAAACGUGCGCAUUCGCAGUUCUCACACGGCCUGCCUGCUGGCAACUACACCAUCUUCAUCACCUACAAUUUCCCUGUUCAGUACUUCAAUGGCAAGAAGCAAAUUGUGCUUUCCACAGUGACCUGGUUCGGUGGUCCGAAUCCCUUCCUGCCCAUUGCCUACCUGGUGAGCGGAGGUGUGAUCUUCAUCGUGGCCAUCAUUCUAACUGUAGUGUACGUCAAGGUGGGCCGAGAUGGCAAGAACAUGGAGGAAUAAUAGAGCAGACAGAGCAUCACAGAAAGAUGAUGUAAUCCAAUUGAAGCCGGAAUAUAUAAACUAUUUAUUUCUAUCACUGUUCUGUAUAAUGAAUAUGCAUAAUGUGUCAAUCCUGCACUUAGAUGUCUCUCCACUCCGAAGAAAAAUGUAGUGAUAAGAAUAAUAUAAGCUGAUUAGGCAAAGAAUUUUGACCCAAGCAAUAAUUCAUGGCUAGGCGGAUGUUACAUGACUUUAAUGCACAACAACUGCCUGUCUCACAGAAAAGUGUGUUAUAAUUGUGUAUAAGGCACAUGGAUUAUCCUGCCUAUAUUGUGGUCACUUGCCAGCACCAAAGUUGUCAUUGAUGUUUGCAGUUUAAAAAUAAUGAGAUACAUUUUCAGGUUAAUUAAAUCACAAAUUUGACUUUUUAUUUUUUUAUAUGUGUUGUUAAAGCUGAGAUUUGGACCGCUCUAAAUUAUACACAAAGAUUAAGUAGUGUGAUAGGAUGAUUCAUUUUAAUAAAUAGUUUUUAAAAAGUGA